AAUGACUUUUAGUCCUCAAUAUGGAAAAGUUAUAAAGUCCUGAGCAUAGUCGCCUUCACGGUGCCCCCCCCAAAAAGAAACAACCAACUAACGACUCUCUAUUGCAGAGGCUAAAAAGUGACCCAAAGUGAGGUUAAUGCUGGGUUUCAGCCACAAGCACCAGCGCCGCUGUGACUCCUACGGGACGGACCGAGCUCUGGGUUUCUGUGAUCCUGAGCUGUUUAUCAUGCAGGCUGUGAUCCCGCUUGGGAACAGUAAACCCGCCGCCGAUCGCAGGUGAGACCACAACAGGCUAGGUGGAAAGCUAACGGUGUCUGCCGACGGGAAACUAAACCCAGAUAGCCCCUUAUCGCUCAACGUGGAUUGUGUUUUUUCUUUUUUCUUUUUUUUAAUAGCAUGCCGUGCUAGCUAACGGUAGCACCGGGUGUUGCACUGCUAGUCGGCUAGCCUGCCGCCUUGUGUGUCACCACACAGGGACGCCUCUCGUGUGUUUAUAACAGUAAACCAGACACACGGAAUCCGACAUCAGCCGUUCAUAAGGUAGCGAGUGACGUCACAAAGCCCAGUACACAUCUCGUGGGGGACUUUGGCUUGAUAUGCAAAUACUUAGACAGGCAGACUUCAAAGGUCGCCGCUAUCUAUCCAUCCAUUUCAAGUUUAUCGUAAACUUUGCCUGAUUAUUGAGAUCUACGAGUGGACCAUCCUCUGGGCGGUUGACCCAUGCCAUGCGACGCUGGAUGAUGUCCUCCAGGACCAGCGAGCAGCACGCUAGGCGGCCCGCAUCGUCACCCAGUCUAGGGGUGUCUGAAGUGUAAGCCUGGGGGCCCCGUGGAAGUGUUCGCCUGUGAAGGGUUUCUUGACUAUUUAGCCGACCGCUUGGAUUGCAAGACCAACAACAAUGGAGGUAACGAUGGAUUACUGCGUGGAGCUAGUGCUGCAGAAGGACCUGGGGAAGCGGCUGCAGACGGGCCCGGAGCUCACGGAGCUGCUGUUAGACCCGGAGAGGCUCCCGACCCUGGAGCAGGACCCGGCUCUGCUGGACCGGAUGGUGGACGGCGUCGCCAGCUCCUGGGUCAAUAACAGUCAUUUCAAGGUGGUUUUAUUUGGAAUGGACAUUCUAUCAGCCCUGGUAACAAGACUACAGGAGAGAUUUAGAAAUCAGGUUGGAACAGUGCUGCCCAGCCUGAUGGAUCGGCUGGGCGAUGCCAAGGACGCUGUCCGGGACCAGGACCAGGCCCUGCUCUUGAAGAUCAUGGACCAAGCCGCAAAUCCACAGUACGUGUGGGAGCGCAUGCUGGGCGGAUUCAAGCACAAGAACACCAGGAGCCGGGAGGGACUGUGCCAGUGCCUCAUCGCCACCCUCAACGCAUUUGGAUCUCAGAGCCUGACGCUCAGCAAGAUAGUCCCUCACAUCUGUAACCUCCUUGGGGACCCCACGAGUCAGGUGCGUGACGGUGCUAUGAACUGCCUGGUGGAGAUCUACCGCCACGUGGGGGAGCGAGUGAGGAUGGACCUGGGGAAGAAGGGCCUGCCUCAGUCACGGUUGAACGUCAUCUUCAGUAAAUUCGACGAGGUCCAGCGGUCGGGCAGCAUGGUCCUCUCGCCCCUGUCUGAUAAGAACUUCGAUGAGGAUGACUCUGUGGACGGGGGACGCUCCACCUCGUCUUCCAAGCCCGUGUCCGCGUCCGGGAGGAAGGCGGUGAGCAUGGGCUCCUUCCGGAAGCCGAGCUCGGGCUCCAGCGCCAAGUCCGCAGGGAAAGAUGCGGCCAGUGCUGGGGCCGUGGACGAGGAAGACUUCCUCCGAGCCUUUGAAGAUGUUCCCACCGUGCAGCUCCACUCCAACAGAGAGAUGGAGGAGGCCAUGACCAAGAUCCGGGACGUGCUGUCGGACGACAAGCGAGACUGGGAGCUACGCGUCGCCGCCCUGAGGAAGGUGCGCUCGCUGCUGCUGGCCGGCGCGGUGGACUACGACGGCUUCCCCCAGCAGCUGCGGCUCAUGGAGGCGGCGUUCAAGCUGUCGGCCAAGGACCUGCGCUCGCAGGUGGUGAGGGAGGCCUGCAUCACGCUGGGCCACCUGUCCUUGCUGCUGGGCAGCGGGUUCGACCACGCUGCCGAGGCCACCAUACCCGUGCUGCUGAACCUCCUCCCCAACAGCGCCAAGAUCAUGGCCACCUCCGGGGUGGCCGCCGUCCGCAUCAUCCUCAAACACACCCACUUCCCACGCCUGAUCCCCGUCAUCUGCACCCACUGCGUGUGCAAGACCGUGGCCAUCCGGAGGAAGUGCUUUGAGUUCCUGGACAUCAUGUUGCAGGAUUGGCAGAGCAGCUCCUUGGAGAGACAUGCAGCCGUUGUCAUGGAUACCAUCAAGAAAGGGGUUCACGACGCAGACUCCGAGGCCCGCUCUGUGGCCAGGAAGUGCUACUGGAGCUACCACGGCCACUUCAGCCAGGAGGCGGAGCUUCUGUUCCAGGGCCUGGAGUCGUCCUAUCAGAAGGCCCUGCAGGCCCACCUGAAGAGCGGCGACAGCCAGGCCUCACUGCCGGCCUCGGACCGCUCGUCCUCCUCCUCACAGGAGAGUCUCAAUCGGCCUCUCACCGUGAAGAGCUCUGUGGGCAGCAGCGGGACCAGAGCCAAACCCGGCCAGGCCUCCCGCCCCCCCCACGCCGCCGCCCCCGCCUCCCUGCAGCGUUCCCGUAGCGACGUGGACGUCAACGCCACGGCCACGGCCACGGCCAGGACGCGCCUGGCCGCCGCCCCCUCCGCCGCCCCGUUUAGCUCCGCCUCCGCCCUGCCGCCGGGGUCCUACGCCUCGCUCGGCCGGGUGCGGACCAGGAAGCAGAGUGCGGGGACCGGCCCGUUGGUCACAGACACCAGGGGCCGCAGCAGGGGCAAGGUGGUCUCCCAAUCACAGCCGGGCAGUCGCUCGGGGUCUCCAGGCAGGCUGCUGGGCUCCUCGUACGGCCGGGGCCCCAGGCCCACCAUGGGCAUCUCCACCGCCACCCCCACCUCCAGCGGGGGGCCGGUGGAGAAGGCCCGGCCCCGGGGCCCGCGGAGCCACGGCUGCAGCCGCGAGACGAGCCCCAGCCGCACCACCACGGCGCGGAGUCGAAUCCCGCGGCCCAGCAUGAGUCAGGGCUGCAGUCGUGAUACGAGUCGCGAGAGCAGUCGCGACGCCAGCCCGACCCGGGGGUUCUCCCCCCUGGUGACCCGACGCCACUCUCGCUCCACCAGCGCCCUUUCCUCCUCCGCCACCGACUGCUACUCAGACCGGCUGUCGCACCAGGCCCGCAUCUCGGCGUCCGUCCAAGCCAUGAAGAUCCUGGACACGGGGACGGAGGUGGAGGCCGCCGUGGCCGACGCCCUGUUGUUAGGCGACUCGAGGAAUAAGCGACGGCCGGUGCGGCGGCGCUUCGAGUCGCCGGGCGUGUACUCUGACGACGACGCCAACAGCGACGCGUCCAGCGCCUGCUCCGAGCGCUCGUACGGCUCGCGCAACGGCACCUCCGGCGGCGGCGGCGGCGGCGGGCACUUCCUCCGGCAGACGGAGGACGUGGCGGAGGUGCUGAACCACUGCGCCAGCGCCAACUGGUCGGAGCGCAAGGAGGGGCUGCUUGGGCUGCAGAGCCUGCUGAGGAGCCAGAGGGUGCUCAGCCGUGUUGAGCUCAAGAGGCUUUGUGAGAUCUUCACCCGGAUGUUCGCAGACCCCCAUAGCAAGAGAGUGUUCAGCAUGUUCCUGGAGACGCUGGUGGACUUCCUGAGCCUGCACCACGAGGACCUCCAGGACUGGCUCUUCGUGCUGCUCACCCAGCUGCUGAAGAAGAUGGGCGCCGACCUGCUGGGCUCCGUGCAGGCCAAGGUCCAGAAGGCCCUGGACGUCACCCGGGAGUCGUUCCCGUGCGAGCAGCAGUUCAACAUCCUGAUGCGCUUCAUCGUGGACCAGACGCAGACGCCCAACCUGAAGGUGAAGGUGGCGCUGCUCCGCUACGUGGAGGCGCUGGCCCGCCACAUGGACCCCGCCGACUUCGUCAACUCCAGCGAGACGCGCCUCGCCGUCUCCCGCGUCAUCACCUGGACCACCGAGCCCAAGAGCUCCGAGGUCCGCAAGAGUCUCCAGAGCUGGUCAGGGGAGGAGUCCUCGUGUCGCCCCCCCUCCGCUGGCCCUCUGCCUGGGGAGGGCAACGUGGAGGAGAGAUGCAAGCAGGCAGCCCAGGUGGUCCUGAUAUCUCUGUUCGAGCUCAACACCCCAGAGUUCAGCAUGCUGCUGGGGGCACUGCCCAAGACCUUCCAGGAUGGGACCACCAGGCUGCUCCACAACCACCUGAGGACCAACAGCGUCAUGGCCUCCCCCAGCCCCCAGCACGCCGCGCCCACCCCUCCUCGACAACCCGGCAGCCGAGGCAGCCCCCUCACCUCCCCCACCAACUGCUCCCACGGCGGGCUCUCCCCCAGCCUGCUGGAGUUCGACAGCGAGAACCUGAACUCUGAGGAGAUCUACAGCUCGCUGCGCGGCGUCACCGAGGCCAUCCAGAACUUCCGCUUCCGCAGCCAGGAGGACCUCAUGGAGCCGCAGCGGCGCGACGGCAAGAAGGACUCCCUGUCAGGACUGGGCGCGUCCCUGGACUCGGACCCCCGGUUCGGCAACGGCGUGGGGGAGGGCGGCCGCAUGGCGCUGGACAACAAGACGUCCCUGUUGAACACGCCGUCGCCGCGCUCCUUCUCCAGCCCGCGCUUCCGCGACUACAACCCCUACAACUACACGGACACCAUCGGCACGCUGGACAAGACCCCCCUGAAGGGGGUGCUGUUUGACGACGCCCCAGACGGCCGUCGGCAAGAAAGUGUUGAAAACAAAGUGGCCCCGCCCAAGAGUUUCCCUGCUGGUCCGGCGGAGCAGCUGGAGCUGGUGGGGGAGCUCCUGAAGGAGCUGUCCCAGGGCCAGGCUGUGGAGCGGGGGCCGGAGCAGCGCCGCGCGGCCCUGCUGGAGCUGCUGAAGGUGGCCCGGGAGGACAGCCAGGUGGUGUGGGAGGAGCACUUCAAGACCACGCUGCUGCUGCUGCUGGAGACCCUGGGGGACAAAGACCACACGAUCCGUGCACUCGCGCUGCGCGUUCUGAGGGAGAUCCUGAAGAACCAGCCGGUGCGCUUCAAGAACUACGCAGAGCUCACCAUCAUGAAGACCCUGGAGGCCCACAAGGAUGUGCACAAGGAGGUGGUGCGGGCGGCGGAGGAGGCAGCCUCCACCCUGGCGAGCUCCACCCACCCGGAGCAGUGCAUCAAGGUGCUGUGUCCCAUCGUGCAGACGGCCGACUACCCCAUCAACCUGGCCGCCAUCAAGAUGCAGACCCGGGCCAUCGAACGCAUUGCCAAAGACUCCCUGGCCUCCCUGCUGCCGGACGUCAUCCCCGGCCUGCUGCAGGGCUACGACAACACGGAAAGCAGCGUGCGCAAGGCUAGCGUGUUCUGCCUGGUGGCCAUCUACUCUGUGAUUGGAGAGGAGCUGAAACCACACCUGGCUCAGCUUACCGGCAGCAAGAUGAAGCUGCUCAACCUGUACAUCAAGCGGGCCCAGACGUCCACCAGCAACAGCAGCAGCUCCUCCGACAUUUCCUCCUACUAGCCUCUCCUCCUAGGGGCGUCGUCACGGGCAACCACACACACCUGCUCUCGCCGUCGUAAUGGGUCCACGCCGAAGUUUCCGAGUUGUUUUUUUCCCCGGGAGACAUGUCACUCCCUGUCCGAAAUCAGCCCACUCCGGUGGACCACCAUGUUGUUGUUGUUGUUGUUUUUCUUUCCUAUGAAUUUUCCACAGCCGACUCUUUUCCCGCCUCUCCCUUGCGGACGGACCUGAGAGACGUCCGUGUUACCGGACCGGUCUCGACAGACGCACCACCUUGGCACGGUGUUGUCGUUUAUCCUCCAUCCUUCUCGUUGCCCCUUCUGGGGGGUUUAUUUUGUCACGCCUUCGCCACAAGGGGGUCCUGGCGUUCUUCCAGUGGGUUUCCAGAGGCAGGUGUUUCUCUUUAUUUGUUUGGUUAGUCAUGGGUUUGAUCUUCUCCAUCGCCCUUUUGAACCUCCUCCGCCAUCUUUUGGGCGAUCGCAAAGACGCCUCCAACCAGCGAUAGCAGAUGGGCGAUGUUUCAUACUCACUGAGACGAGGACGAUUCAGACAGAGAGAGAGAGAGAGCAGAGGGACCCUUACUCGCUCUCUCUCUCCCCUUUGCUCCUAUGUCCCCGCCCUAAAGAUCCUCGUGUCACAGUGUCUCCUCUCUCAUGAAGGUUCCAGUCCUUGCCGUACGGGGUGGGAAACCCCACACCCCCUGACCAUCAGUAUUCCAUUGCUGUGUGAAACGAAACCUGACCACCAUUUAUAUUAAGCCUUUUACGUUUGUUUUGUGUUGUUUUUGUUUUGCUUUGACACAUCAUACCUUAUAGUAUAUAUCGAAUGUAAGAGCAAACGCUUUUGAGUGAUUUCCAAGGGUUUGGACUCCGAUCCGCCGCCUGUAGUCUUGUGGGAUUGGCAGUGUUCUGGGGGCCUGUGGGGGCCUCGGACCCCCAAGGUCUAGUGAUGGGUAAGAAUGGGCGGGGGGGUUACACUUAUACGGGAUCAAAUUCAACACUUUGAACCAAAAUGUAUCCUGAAUGUGGGAUUCAAUGUGCAUUGUUGUGGACCCAAACGCAUUAACUACACGCACAAGUAUGUGUGCAAUGAAUGCUUAGAAAUAUGAAUGUCUAUUUACUCCAAAUUCACCCUGUCGUUUUGAAACGAUCAUUUGGCUGGCCAGUGAUUACGCACGUGAAAGCAGAAGCUUAUUUGGCAAUACGGCCUCAAUAGAUCUUACAAUCGGGUGAUUAUAUUAUUAAAGCAUCGGUUAAUUUAGAAGACAUCGUUGUACUUCCGUGGCGAGUUUUUGUUGUGGUUUAACCUUUGAUAAGAAGGAUGUUUUUGUUCACAAGGGUCCAGAGAAACAGCCCUAGUCCUUUUGAAACGGUUGAAAAUAUUGUUGAAAAUAUUUGAAAUGCUGUUGUUCAGAAUUGCUCCCAGAUUGACUACUGCGAGUGAUAGAGUUGAAGUUCCAAAUCACUAAACGGUAGGCUAGGAUACCGUCUCCUAUUUAUGCUGAUGAGAUUGAAUCGGUUCAAAUGAUUCCUUAAUGAAUAAGGACCGAAGGUUACACGUCUAAAAAACAACAGCGCAUUCAUCGUUAACACUACUGUAAGCAAAAAGCUAAAAGAGGAAAGAAAUUCUUGUUUUUUUGUACAUUUUGUCAACAUGCAUUUGUAAAACAUACCAGCAAUUGUUGGAGAAGGAUUAACUUUAGUGUAUAAAUUAUUGAAACUCUUCUAAAUUGAAUGUAAUGGGCUCUGAGGAUAUUUUGUGUGGCCUUUCUUAAUGUGAAAUAUUGUCUCUGCUUUUAGGCGGGAAAGCAAUAUCUAGUGCGACAGACAAACACACAGCCAUAUUAGACAUUACACAAAAUUACCCCGCAAUCUAUUUGAAAAAGGAUCAUCAUUUGGGAAAUCCUGGUGGAAAUAUCGCAAGAAAUGACAUUUGAUGUUGGAAGGAAAUUUGAAAUUGAUACCUAUAGUUUGUGUUUUUUUUAUAUGGUUUAUUUUAUUUCGUUUUUUUACGUGAAAGCACUGUAAAAGUCUGUUACGUCUUAAGCGAGACUCUGUUUCUAUGGUCAAUGUACCUGCGCUGCUUAACAGGAACACUUUCAGUAUUUAUUUAUCUUCUUAAAAAUCUUCACCAUCAAGAGAUUCCAUCAGUUGAAUAGAGUUCUUAUUUCUUAACAUUAUCAAGCUCACAACUAUGGAGAUUUCACCAAGGGUGGGGUAAAGAAAACAUUAGUUUACCAUGUCUCUUCAGUGCUCACAAUUUCCAUACUAAGACUGUUAUAAGGCUGUACCAGCGCUACCAUUUUUGGCUUAAUUAGUUUUUAGAAUUUAUUUUACAAGCCAUUCUGUUCAGCUGCGUCUGAACUCAAAUGUUCUUCUGACUAGCCAAUCAAGUUUUAUUUCCGUUUGAUCCAACCCCUUUUCAAGGAGGCGUCACCAUAGGACCAACACAGGUGUCACUCAUAACGCUCAUGAUUACGCUGCGCCUUUUACGGCAACAGGGCCCAACUAGUAGACGUAAUAGCUCAACUGAAUCGCGCUCUGGUACAUACAAGGUGCAGAGCCAGCAUUAGUGUUAUGAGCGAUACUUGUUGGUCCAACGACGGAGCCUGCGCGAAAAGGGUCCAUGGAGAGCUGAGGGACGUAGAGCCCUAUCGUGUCACCGUCACGUCUUCUGUAAAACACCACCUUGCCUUUGUAAUAAUCGGUAAUGACAUCACUACUAACAACAGAACGUCUAACAUUCCCAGCACCGAGAGACGGUCGUUAAUAACUGUUCCUUGUGUGUGUGCCACGACCACAUAUUUGUUCAAAAAAAUCAAAAUAAAAUAAGUGUUUUACUAAAGGUAAAUAAAAUAAAAGUCAACGUGGAAGUAAUUGUGAAUUCAUUCGAGACGUUGGAAGGCCGCAUAAAAAAAAUAAUAUAUAUAUAUAUAAUAUAUAUACGCCAAACCUCCGGACAUGCGUCGCCUUCCCAGCUCAGCUUUAACUGCUAAACAUCGCGUAGGCCUACUGACACCUUUAAUAGGUCCAUGACUGACACCCACCACUUUUUGCUUCGUCCCGCCGACGGUCGCCAUGGUGACCCCAUGGCGGGGUCGGGACCUCUUCGCUCCCCACGGAGACGUGCGUCACUUUACUUUCGCCAGCGGUACGACCGCUACCUUUUUCCUAUGAUUGCUGAGUUGCUUUCACAACUCACACACUUGCAUGCCACCUGUCUUAGUUUUAAACCUUUUCUCGGGCUGUCCUGUAUUUAUUUAACCUUUUUGACCUUGCUAUGUUUUGAAUGUAUAUAUUUACAUGCCGUUUAUUUGUCGUUUGGUUCUUUUCCUUCAUCCCGACCUGUGAAAGUCGUUGCAGACAUUUAAGGAUUAAAUAAAGUGUCAGACUUU